GCCUCUCCAAGUGUCCGCGAAGAGGAAUCAUGAAUGUCGGUACUUAAAAACGAGUCGCAUAACGUCGAUCUAUCUAAUCGAUGAGUGCCAUUCGUUAGUUCGAGUGACCUGAAGAAAAGAAGAGUGAAAGCGGUAGAGAACGGGAAUGUAUGGAGAUGGAACGUGGUCACGGUGCGGCUCCCUUGACCGUUGCGUGCGCGUGUGUUUCGCGGUGUCGUUAUCGAGCAUUAUCGAAAUUUCUUUCAUUACUCAUCGUCGAUACACCGAUUGGCCCUGGUAAACAGCCGGGCAGCAGCCGUGUUUUCUUGCUCCUCUCUAAAAACUGAUACACAGACGUCCCGUCAUCCGUUCGCGAAUGAUCCUCCGUGUCCCACGGCGCGGCGCAACAGCUUCGUCUGCGUUCGCCAAAGUCGACGGUCGUCGAUUUUUCGAAUCAUCCACGGUACCAGAGACCCGUCGAGAACACGCGGCAGCUGAGUGCUUGCGAACCGAUAACACACCGCCGCCCGUUUCUAGUUACGCCAAUGUCAUUGGAGCUGACAUGUGUUUCUUUUUGAAUGACAGUGAACGUGUACAGUGUCGAUAAUGAGCAAGACGGUGCAUUACGCUUUGGUGGCUUUCUGGGAAAAGUCUGGCUGCAAGAUCAUCGCUGAUUACCCUGCGAAACAGGAUCCAGCUUACAGAGCGAUCGCAUUGAGCACGGUGGAUGGUCUGAAGUCGCUGGAGAACGAUAAGAUCAGCCUCGAUCGGGGCAAAUACACUGUGCACGUGUUGAUAAGAGAGUUACACUAUGCCUGUUUAACGUCGAAACCAGAUUGCCCCUCGUCUGCCGCGAAAUUGGAAUCCUGUUCCCAGGUGUUUUUGGAAAGGUUGCGAAGCAUUUACAUGGAACUACCAAUAUUAGCGGAUCUCUCGAGAGACCUGUCCAAUCUUGCUGUGAUUGACCUCUCGAAACCGUUGAAAAAGAUAGUGGAGGAAUACAAUCGACAAGAGAUCGAUAUUAUUCCGAAAUUGGAAGGGGAACUUGCGGAGAUUCGAAAGACGUUGAUGGAUGGCGUUCAAAAGCUCAUCGACAGGGGUCAAAGGCUGGAUGACCUUGUACGAAAAACUCAGAGCUUGCAAAUCAUGUCCCGAAAGGACUUCCACGUGAUGAGAACAACCCGGAAGAAGAAGAACGCGAUGGUGGCCGCAGUGGCAACAGUCACGAUGUUCGCCUCCACAUCCCUCUUCGUUUUCCUCCUCUACCUCGGCAUUCUAUGACCAUAGACGCACCUUAAGAAAGACAGUAAAUUAUUUAUUGGCUGCUACUCGCCUUCUGUCUUUCGUGUCGAGUGCCUUGUAGACAGUUCAUACUUGCAUUGUUCGGAAACAGUGACACACUUCGACAAAAACUUGUGGCAAACGUUCAGACGAUCGAUACGUGACACUGGAUGUCAAAAUAUUAAACAGAAGAAUAUUUGAAAAAAAAAUACAGAACGCAUAGACAUUUGCAAUCUAACAAUAGAAAUUUCCAUUCUAGGAAUUUACUGACUCUCAUUCCCUAAGAAUGAGUAUAAAAUAUGAAUAAUUACUUUGUUUCACAAUUUACGCAACACUUUCGAUAAUAAAAAGUUCAGAUAACUGAAA